AUAUACGAGUUCUAAUAGGUCUUAUAUCCUUAAUCCUGCUUAGAAAGAUGAUAAACACUUCUAAAAAAGAAAAUUAAAGUGCAUUUAUGUAUUGUAUACAUGAGAAAAAACUUCAGUUAUAAAAAUAUACACUUUAUGGUGAUUAUACUUGGAUUAAUGAAACAUAAAAAUCAUUAUUUAGCUGUCUUCCAGUAUGCACUGUACAAAAAAAUACAGGGUCUAUCAAUAAACUAUGAUGUACCAUAAUAAUAAAGAUGAAAGAUGGUUGUGUCCGAAAUGUGGCCGAAAUUACAAACGAAAAGCCCAUUUAAGUUUUCAUUUGGCCAAAGAAUGUGGUGUUGGUCCUCAAUAUAAUUGUUCGAAAUGUUUUAAAUUUUUUAAGCGUAGUAGUCAUUUGAAAAGUCACCAGUUAUCAUGUGGUGAUGUCUCACCAAAAUUUCAAUGUGAUAUUUGUAAAAAAAAAUUCACACGCAAGGACAACAUGAAAACUCAUAAAAACACUAUACAUAGACUUUCUGAUCCUAGCAUACCAAGUGAAGUUUAUGCAUUUUAUAGUGAAUGGCAAAUUGGAGAUUCAGAUUAACAUCUAAUUAUAUUUAUAAAAUGUUAACUAAAAGAUAAAUAGUUUUUUUAUUUACCUAAUUAUGUAUGUUUAAAUAUUAAUAAUAUGUUUUUUUAUAUUAAUAUUCAGGUAUACUUAUAGAAUGUGAUUCAAAAUUGUAGAUAGUACAAUCAAUUAAAA